AUGGACCAACAGCUUCCCCAGGCCCGCGGGCGAUCGCUCUCGGCCGCAUCUACCGGCGGGGGACACCACCACCAGCAGCCUCCCAAUAUAAUAAGAGAUCACUCUCCUUCGCCCGCCCGCUUUCCCAAUCCGAAUGAUGCCGUCGUCACUUCUAUCGGUCUCGGUCUUGGCCUCGUCGACCAGCAGUUUCCCACCGCCCAGCCCGACUACUCAGCUUACAACGCAAACUCCAACAGCUUCUUGAACAACCAUCAGCCCUCGCCCCAGCCCUUCUCCCAGCCGGACUUGUCUGACCCCUCCAACGUCCCUACCUUUGACCUCAACCAGAGCUUCACGGACCCCCUCAAGCCCGAGAACUCUUCCUUUGGCACCUCCGCCUCGAGCACUUACCCCCAGCCUCAGACGCUCCUGGCCCCGAGCUUUGGCGACGCUGACUUCACCAUCUUUCCGCCGACCCCCGGCGAAUCUCAGUACGACGCCCCGCUGUUUGUUGGCGACAGCCAGCAGCAGCUCAACAGCGCAAACGCCAACAUGAUGGCACAGUCAAACCACAACCAGACCCCUCCUCACCUUCUCAACCCCGAUCCUCAACAGCCUGGCUCUGCCCAGCACUCUCCGUCCUUCAACCAGCAUCAGUUUCCUCCUCCCGGGAGGCAUUCUAGGAACGUGUCACUCGGGCCCGAGGCGGCGCUUCUUCCGGGCCAGGUAGACUGGACCCGUGCUCAAUUUCAGGGGCAUAGACGCUCCCCCUCCGAGUUCUCUGAUGUCUCCUCCGCCGCGCCUUCUCCCCUCCUCGUCAGUUCCGAUAGUUUCGAGCAGCAUGAUGGCCAUUCACCGAUGGUACGCCCUCAAGAUGCCGGUCUUUAUCAGGAGCUACAUGGCAUUGGAAGCUUUAGCAUCUCGGACCAUGGAGCUCACAGCCCAAAUCACCCCGGAGCCAGGAGUCCAUCACAUAGCCCAGCCAUUUCUCCACGUAUUCUGCCUCAACAGCUGCCUGAUGUGAACCAGAACAACUUCAUGCUCCAAUCACAGGGCAAUUAUGGUCACCCUUCGCCAUAUCUGCAGAGUUCCCAGGAGGCCUUUCCCUCGCUGCCACAGGAGACGGAGAAUAUAGCCCCCAACCAAAUGCCAGCACCUCCUUCCAUUAAUAUCGAUUUUGCGCCGACAGCCGUUAGAAACGGGUUUGAUCAGCCCAAGAGCCUCGAUGUCGACUCUCUCACACCGCCGGAAAGAGGACGAAGAUUGGCUCGACCUCGUGCGGUAACAGAUCCGUACAACACGAGCGGAGCGCUUCUUGGUUCCCAUUGUAGCCCUUCCGCCACUGGGAGUUUGUCUCCCAACUCUGCUUCGGAUGGUCGCUCCGAUAUUUCCCGCUCACUCUCUCCACUUGACCGGUCUGGGGCAUCCCCUAACAGACGGCGCCAAUCUACCUCGUCGGUGCCCAAUAAUGUCAUAGCCCUUCGGCUGGCGGACCCAGAAUACAACGGCGGCGUGGCUGGCGAGGGUGCCGGUGGCUCAAAGCGUGUCCAAAAACACCCAGCAACCUUCCAAUGCACACUAUGUCCAAAACGCUUUACUCGUGCUUACAAUCUGCGGUCACAUCUCCGCACUCAUACCGACGAGCGUCCGUUUGUAUGUACCGUCUGCGGAAAAGCUUUUGCUCGACAGCAUGACCGCAAACGACACGAAGGACUGCAUUCGGGGGAGAAGAAGUUUGUCUGCAAAGGAGACCUCAAGAGCGGCAGUCAAUGGGGUUGCGGUAGACGGUUUGCCCGUGCGGAUGCGCUCGGCAGACAUUUCCGCUCAGAAGCUGGGCGGAUAUGCAUCAAACCACUUCUCGACGAGGAAAUAAACGAGCGACAACGGCAGUGGAACGAACAGCGCAUGCAACAAGCUGCGGUGCAGGGCAUGGUCAUGCAGGCUCCUGGUAUGAUGAUGCCUCCCGGCAUGGACCCGAACGCGGGUGCGUACCCCAUGGACCCCAACGGCAACUAUGCGCUGCCACAGGCACUCUUGGCGCAAUACCCAGCUUUGGCACAGAUGAAUUGGUCAGACAUGGGCGGCGGAGGCGGCAUAGAGGACGAUAUCAGCGGAAGAAGCAGCUACGAUGCCAGCGACUAUGACGACGAAGCUGAUGGCGGCUACGUCAGCGGGCCUGGUACCGGGUUUGGGCCCGGGGGGAUGCAGGAGAACUUUGGGGAGAUAGGGUACGCAAGCGACUAUGGAGGACGCUGA